UGGAAAGAAACUUUCUGAAGAAAUGGAAGACCGCCGCCUGAGACAGCACAGCCUGACUCGAUCAGAUGAUGGAGAAGACAUUCCCGUGAUCCCGGAUCUGGAAGAGGUGCAGGAAGAAGACUUCGUGCUGCAGGUGGCGUCCCCUCCGAGCAUCCAGGUAAACCGAGUGAUGACCUACCGUGACCUGGACAAUGACCUCAUGAAGUACUCAGCCUUCCAGACUUUGGAUGGGGAAAUUGACCUGAAGCUCCUCACCAAAGUGCUGGCGCCAGAGCAUGAAGUACGAGAGGAUGACGUCGGCUGGGACUGGGACCAUCUGUACACUGAGGUGUCAUCAGAGCUUGUCACAGAGUGGGACCUGCUGCAGGCAGAGAAGGAGGACCCUGUGGGACCGUUCAGAUACACCUGACCCAGGAACAUCACUGUGCGUUUGAACAAAUGCAAGAAGCUGAAAACCAAGGGAGCUUGCAAGCAGCUUAGGCUUUUAUACUGACUAUUUUGUAAUAAAAUAAUUCAGUAGGCCACAUUGGAUCAUUCCAAUUCAAUAAAUGGCUUUAUCCUGUGA